GACGUAUUUAACACUUCCUGUUGAAUUAUUGCAGGGAAACACGAGUUCUCAAAAACAUUUCGUUUAAAUUUGAGAUGGCAGAGGUUGACUUGAGUGAUGCUGAGAAAAUAUACAUUAUACAUGGCGUCCAAGACAACUGUCGAGAAGAUGGGAGAGGAUGUGAAGAUUACAGACACAUUGAAUUAGAAACUGGACUGCUUUCCAAUACAACAGGAUCUGCACGUGUCAGACUGGCAAAUACAGAUAUUCUUGCUGGAGUUAAAGCUGAACUCGAUAAACCUUCACCAGACAAGCCAAAUAAAGGGAGGCUUGAGUUUUUUGUUGACUGUUCAGCAAAUGCCACCCCUGUGUUUGAGGGAAGAGGGGGAGAGGAAUUGGCAGCAGAAAUUGGAAACAUUCUGACCAGAACAUAUGACUGUCCUAGUUGCUUUGAUUUGGAAGCAUUGUGCAUCAUUCCAGAGGAACAGUGCUGGGUUUUAUAUGUAGAUGUUCUUUUGCUAGAAUGUGGAGGAAACUUGUUUGAUGUUGCAUCAGUUGCAGUAAAGGCAGCCCUCUACAACACUAGAAUUCCAAAAGUGACAGUCAGUAGAGAUGAAGGUCUGGUAGAACUGGAAAUUUCUGAUGAUCCAUAUGAUGUACAGAGGGUUGAGGUGCAAUCAGCUCCAUGCAUUGUCACAGUUUGUAAGAUUGGCCACUCCCAUAUCGUUGAUGCCAGCCUAAAGGAAGAAGCCUGUUGCUUAGCCAGAUUAACAAUGGGUGUAACAGAGAGGGGUACCGUGACAGGACUCAGGAAAGAUGGGAGUGGAAGUCUGGACCCUGCCAGUGUGGAGGAUAUGAUGCAGACAGGAAAAAGAGUUGGUGAACUUCUAAAUAAAAGUUUGAUGGAAUCACUAUUAGAAGAAGAAAGACAAGGCUCAAAGAGAAAACCUAUUGGAUUUCUGAAAUAAAAGUCUGAAAUAGUGUGAUUAGAGGUGAUGCAAAUAACAACACAGAUGUGAUCUUUGAGGUCUGAGGUGGAGGAAGCAUUUCAAGGAGACAUAAGCAUGGAUCAUAAUCAGAAGACAGAAAGUGGAAAAUGAAACGAAUAAAGUGUGACAUUAAUAAGUGUAUUUACUGUUUAGUGCAUUGUGACAUCAAGUUGCACAAUAAGGGCUGUUGAUGCAAUUAUAUUGACUUGUUUGUUGUUUAUAUCUUUAUAUCAUGAAAUAAAUUGAAAAUGAUCCAAUUCA